AUGUGUCACGUGAGCCGGUUUGUCCAAUACUGCUCAGUCCACGUAUCUGUCCUUACCCUCACCGCCAUCGCUCUGGACAGACAUCAGGUUAUUAUGCAUCCUCUGAAACCUCGAAUGUCAACAGUUAAAGGAAUAAUCUGCAUCGUCUUCAUCUGGUUCAUGGCCAGUGGAUUUUCGUUACCUCAUGCCGUCUACCAGAAGCUGGAACGAUUUUAUAUUGGCAGAAAUGCCGUGCGGAUGGUUUGCCUUCCCAGUUUUCCAUACCCAGCUGACCUUUUCUGGAAGUAUUUGGACUUGGCUACCUUCGUUCUUCUCUAUGUACUACCCUUGAUCGUCAUCUCCAUCACCUAUACUACUGUGGCCAAGAAACUGUGGCUAAGAAACGCCAUUGGGGACAUUACCAUGGAACAAUACUAUGCCCACAGGAGGAAGAAGAAGAUGACCCUCAAGAUGCUGAUGCUUGUAGUGGUGGUCUUUGCCGUUUGCUGGUUCCCGUUGAACUGUUAUCUUGUCCUGAUGUCCAGUAAACUCAUCAGCAGUAACAAUGCCAUGUAUUUUGCUUUUCACUGGUUUGCCAUGAGCAGCACUUGCUACAACCCCUUUAUCUACUGUUGGCUGAACGAGAGCUUCCGCUCGGAGCUCAAGACCUUGUUGUGGGUGUGCAGAAGAAAGAGAAUGGUGCAGAGCCACGCAUUGCAGGCAGUCUCACCACAAUUCAGACACGCCUGGACUGAAAACUGUAACUGCAAGCAAGGUAGCAGCCCUCAGACUGGUGACUCUGCCACUAACGUAAAUUCAGGGAGAACUGACAUUUCUAGUGUGGAGCCAAUUGUCACAGUCAGUUAA